AAGAAAAAAGGCAGACAGACCAAAUCAACUUGUGACUUCGACACGGACGGAACUGCGCGCGACUCGUUUUCCCUUCAGUUCGUCGGUACGUUUCGGUUCGCUUCGCGACUAGAGAGAAAGAUCCCGUGCCCGUGGACUUUUGACGAUGGCCAGCAACACCCAGGGUAUCCAGCAGCUGCUGGCCGCGGAAAAGAAGGCCGCCGAUAAGGUUGGCGAGGCGCGCAAACGCAAGGCACGUCGUCUGAAGCAGGCCAAGGAUGAGGCCACGGAGGAGAUCGAAAAGUACCGUGCCGAGCGGGAGCGUACCUUCAAGGAAUUCGAGGCCAAACACGUCGGUUCCCGCGAGGGUGUUUCGAACAAGAUCGACGCCGACACGCGCGUCCGCAUCGACGAGAUGAACCGUGCGCUGGCCACCCAGAAGGAGCCGGUCAUCCAGGACGUGCUGUCGUUCGUGUACGCCAUCAAGACGGAGGUGCACAAAAACCAGCGCGAAUAGAGCAGCCGACACGACUGUCAUCCGCAUCGCCCGCACUGUCAUCUUGCAUGGGUUGAUUUUCACACACGAACAUUCCGAACGUACAAACGACAACCCCUUCAUGGCCGGUUCCUUCUUUCCGAGCUAAUGGCCGGGGCCACGGCAACUGGCAACGCGGCAUACGUUUGGCUCGCUAAUUAGGAACAGUCGGCUUUGGACCUUUGGAUCACCUGGUUUCCGCGCCAAACGGACGAACCAUCUUUUCAUUUUUUUUUUCUCUUGUGCAUGUUCUCCUGGCGGAUAUCUAUUCGCAAAUUAUUUUGUUUUUUGUUUUGUACCAUUUGUCGUCUGCCUUAGAAUGGCGACGGGGUGCAAGCAAAGUACUGUACUGUAAUUCACUAACUGUAAGAAUAUGUAAAAAGGAAACGCUUUAGGUUAUGCUUAAAUAAAGUAAGUGUUAGGAAAACAAA